AUGAUUGAGAAGAAAGUGCUAGUGAUUUAUACAGGUGGAACGAUAGGAAUGAUUGCAAAUGCAAAUGGCAGCUAUCAGCCUCACAGUAAUCUCCUUGGCGACAUACUCCGCUCACAGGCGCGAUUUGACGAUCCAAACGCCAGCUCGAUUUUUUCCAACUUAACGUCCAAGCAGGCGUACGAGGUUUGGAACAGCAUGCAAAAGAGUGGUGCUACACCCGCGCGCCAGAAACUUACCGUGCGCUCCUCUUCACCAUUCCAAGGUAGCGUGCCUGACGCAUGCAGCGCACAUACCCACACAGGGGAGCUGGAAACACUGCAGACGCCUCGGACGUACCUGAAUGGGUUCGAACACACAGUGCGCUAUGUGAUACUAGAGUAUGCGCCGCUGCUAGAUUCGAGCGACGUUGGACCGGAGCAGUGGGCGAAGAUUGCCAGCGACAUAGAGCUCAACUAUAGUAAUUUCGAUGGAUUCGUAGUGCUGCACGGGACAGAUACCAUGUCAUACACCGCCUCAGCGCUUUCGUUCAUGCUCGAGGGACUCGCUAAGAGCGUUCUGCUCACAGGAAGCCAGAUCCCACUCACGCACAUUCGCGCAGAUGCCAGCGACAAUAUACUUCACUCACUUCUCCUCGCGGGCACUGAGUGUGUACCUGAAGUGUGCAUAUACUUCAAUGACCAGCUCCUGAGAGGCAACAGAAGCACCAAGGUGUCUACGAGCGAAUUUGACGCUUUUCGCAGCUACAACUACCCUCCACUGGCCAAGGUGGGCACGCGGUUGGAUGUCAACUGGCCAUCGGUCCAGCGCCAGUCUGGGGAUGCAUUGAGAGUGCACAAGUCCCUCUCGCCGGAGAUAUGCGUCUUACGCUUCUUCCCUGGCCUCAAGGUACACCUCGUCGAGGCGAUCCUGGCCGAUUUGAAACGCGCUAGGCGAUCAGCGCUCGUUCUGCAGUCGUUUGGAAGUGGUAACAUUGCGAGGAACGAUGCACUCCUCGCUAGCUUCAAGAAAGCCGCCGAAGACGGCGUUGUUAUUGUUAACACCUCCCAAUGCCACAGUGGAUCUGUCAACGCGGCUUAUGAAAACGGCCGUCUGCUCGCUGAGGCUGGAGUUGUGCCUGGAAAUGAUCUGACGUCUGAGGCCGCUCUUACUAAACUUUCUUAUCUUCUCUCCACCUCUCUCCCCGUCGAGCGCGUUCGUCAGCUCGUUCCUGUAUCGCUCAGAGGCGAGGUGACGGAGUAG